UUGUCCAAAAUUGAUUGUGUUCAUUUUCAGUUAAACACCAGCUCAGCAGCGGCUGCACCAGAAUCCCCGGUGGAUGUGUCACAAAAUGCGAAACGUCGAGCUCGAUUUGCUGCACUGGCUGCUGAUUUGGAAAAUUUUGAAUGCGAUCUGAGACCUUCGCGUCCUAAAGAAUCAUUUCUCAAGGGACCAACACAGCGGCUCAGCACUGGAGAGACAAGUCCAGCAGCGCUAUUCACACCAACUGCAAGCUACUAUCAGGCAAGCAAACAACUCUCGGCAAGUUCGCUGCCGCGGAUUGACGAAGGGAAGCCGGUGCGUGCUCCGGACGAUGAAACCAUCCCAUACGUUGAUGAUGAUGAUCAAACAUCUACGACGGCAUCACCGCAAAAAAUGCAAUCAUCGGAAUCGGUGAAAUCGUCGAGCAGUGUGCGAAGAGUGGGAAGUGAAAAGCGUCUAAGAUUUGCUGUGCCAAUAUGUGAAGUAGCCAAGAUGGAUAGUUCGUCGUCCGAACAGCAAUGCUCACAUGGCGUACGUUUCAGCCAAAAUUACUAUCUGAGUUAACA